AUGUCUUACACUCUAGUAGAGCCGAUGAUUGGCGUGACGAUGAGCGAAAAGCCAGUCCCCGAUGCCAAACCGAAUAUUGAGGCGGCGGAGAUAGAAGAGAUCGAGCCUUUUCCGGAUCCUGAAGAGAGAGCUCACGCCGAGCGCACAGCUCCUUACACCCGAAAUGAGAAUCUUGAAAGUGUUACGAGGUACUUUGACCAGCCAACGGAUCUGCAGCUAUCCCAGCUCAACAACCACCUCAUCAAAUGGGAGGUGGCUCGAUCUAUCAUUGUCUGCCCCGGCGAAGACCAACAAAAGGUGCUCGCCAGUGAUCUUCCGACCGACCCGCGCCUUUUGAACCUCAGCGCGAUUGUGCCGGGGUGCGGACUGGAGUACGACUAUGACACACAGCUGUCGAGUGUGAUUGACCAGCUCAAACAAGAGAUGCAGUCCGAAGGCGACGAUUCCAGCGUCGAGAGCGCAAUCGAGAAGCUCAUCCGCUCCGGCGAGGUCCGCUUCGCCUUCGACCUAUCAUCGGAUAUAGUCGAUUACACUUGGAAGUAUAAGAUGACGAAUGCUCGAUUGGCAACUUCAAACGAACUCCUGAGGACGUAUGGCUCUGAUUGUUGGAUCCAAUUCCAUCUCAAGGGUAUAUCGCUCAGCCCUAGUCAAGGACCGGCAAUAUCAGGUGCUCACAAGGUGCCCGAAUCCAACUAUGUUGGACAGCAGUAUACGUGGGCUCUGUUUGACCCAGUCGGUUUACCACCUAACAUCUUCCUGCAAGUCUGGAAUAACGAUCACAUCAGCACUAAAGGGAUGAAGUCCCUCAAGUUUCAAUUUAAAAUCCCGGUCUACGUGAAAUCGUCUAGACGCUGGAAGGAGGUCCAAUGCGACAUCGUUGUUCCACGCAUGCGCAUCGAGAUCAAAUUCGGCAAGCCGACUGACGAGGUUUUAAUGACUGACGGCGCCGCUGCUAUCAGCUGGGGAGCUGCGAUGAGCAUCAAGGAAACUCUGGGACUAAAUCAUCUUCCUGCUGCGUACCAAGCACGAAUUUUGAAAAGUAAAGGAUUAUGGUACCUGAGUCGAGAUCAAGACAAAAGUGCUCACUGGAUCGAGAUUCGUGCAAGCCAAUGGAAAGGUGAUGUGCGGCGCACGGCAGACGAUCCAAUCAUGUUCAACAUCUGCAACUUCUCCACUCGUGCCAAAACCGGACAUGUCAACAGACAAUCAAUCCCAGUCAUCGUUUCAAGAAAUGUGCCGGUUUCGGUGUUUACGGACCGUCAAAGGGCGACGUUCAAAGCUGUGUUGGAUGAACUCACGUCGACGAAUCCUGUCACUCUAGCUCAAGCACUCGAGGUCCAUGGUCACCUGCUGAACAUCAAAGCCAAACGGCUUGCAACGGUAACCAAUAGCUACAUACGCAAGGACAUGGAUGAGGACGGAUUUGCUUGGGAAAGAUAUUCUAACCGUCCCUACAGUCCAAUGGAAGAGAUCGUUGAGCUGCUCAAAAGCGGGUUUUCUGCUCGCAAUAACCGGGUUGUCGACAGGCUUAAUUAUGCCGGUAAACAAAUCUGUGAGAAAAUGAUGAACUUCAAGGUUGAAGUGGGAUCUAGCGUGACUGUUUACGCCAUACCGGACCCAACCGGCACGUUGAAAGAGGGGGAAGUAUUUUUACGGCUCUCUCGGUUCAGAGAUCCCACGACGUCUCUUCCGGUCAACGUCUUGAAAGGAAGCUGCGUUGUUGCAAGAUCUCCAUGUGUGCUCCCAACGGACGCAAGGAAAGUCAAGGCUGUCAUCAAUCAGCGGUUAGCAUGCUACGAAGAUGUUUUAGUAUGUUCGAUUCAGGGCAAGAAAUCCCUGCUUGAUUACCUUUCUGGCGGCGACUACGAUGGUGACGUGGUAAUCGUAAUUUGGGAUGAUGCGUUCACCGAAAACUUUGUCAACGCGGUUGAUUCAGAGUAUCAACUCCCCACGGAAAGAUACAACAACUUUUUUUCUGAUACGGUUACGAUGGCUGCCUCUGGGAGAGGUUCAUGUUUACCAACGAUGAAAGUCCAGGACUUCUUGACGCUUAAAAAGGAAAAUAGAACCUUUGAGCGGGAGUUUAGAAGAGCUCAGCUUGUGUCACUAUUUCAACCAGUGGCUUACGGUCGCUAUUCACGCAUGCACAAAGUUUGCGAAUACUUAUUCGGGAUAGGUCAUACACUUACCAUGAAGCUUGGUUACGUUUAUACUAAAUGCUUGGAUGCAGCCAAGCAAGGGAUAAUCCUGAAGGCAGAGGCGGAUUAUGAAUUGAAGAGAGAAUUCGAGGAAGCUAUUGGAGGACUUGAUGAGGGAAGCGGAGAUUGGAACUAUGGCGACAGAGGAAUCGCGAAGGAAUAUCUUGAGGUGAAAAGGGAGCAUGUUUUAGAGGCGAUUGCAAUCACUGGCGAAGAAGAAGCAAGAAAGUUUCUCUUUACAUUGAAGAAUCUAAAAGUGGAAUCAAACGAUCCCGUUCUGAGUUUGCCAUGGCUGAAAUUCGAGAAAACCGUCAAGUCCAACUUGCACGAUGCUCGCGCCUUAAUGAAGUUCAUCAAGUCCAAUGCUGAAGAAUGCUUCAACCAAUACCAGAUGGCUUUUGUAUUCAAGGAUGGUCAACACCACCCGACUUUGCCAUGUAAGGAUGGGAAGAUAGACAGGUCGAACUUCGAAGCUGCUGGAAAGACUUUCUGGAUUGAUGGUCAAUUUGACAAUGCUAUUGAAGCAGUCAAACAUGAUCCUAAAUCUCUUAUUUUUCUCCGGGGUAAAGGAAAAGUGGAAUACAACAAUCUCAGAGCUUCUGCAUUGGCGGCAAUUGCACCUGAGCAAAACUUUUUCCCCUUUCACGUAGUUUUUAAUGAGCUAUGCCACAUCAGAUCCGCAGCCUCGGAGAUUGGCUUCCAGGCGCGAGCAGGCUUCAAAAGGGUUGGCCAUUUACCCAGAGCUUAUGCGCCCGAGUUCUGGCAAGCCAUGAUGACCAGAAAGUGUUUGCUUCCACCAGAGAAAGUUGAAUAG